AUGGACAUGGAGGGGGUACGUUCUUCUCGUGCCGCUCUCCUCUUCCUCACGCUUCUUGUGCUCGCUGCUGCUGCCAGCGGCGGCGACGAUGCUGCAGCUGCAGUGGUGGAGCAUCCGCUGGCCGAUGAGCCCUACAUGCUGGUGGCCUUCCAGAACAAGGACGGCGAAGAGAUCAGGAUGUUAGCCGACAAGGGGACCGAUUCACUCUCCGCCUCCGGCUUCGCCAACCGGUCCGGCCACUGGUUCUACGCCAUCCGAGAGGGCGAGGGCGAGGGCAAGCGCCGCCGCCGCCGCCUCCCUCUCCCCCAGCUGUCCAACGCAGAGGGCCUCUGGGAAACGCUAGGUGCGCUGGCGAACACCAGCGAUCCGUCGGCGGCCGACGACGAGGAGGAGCAGGGCUACAUGCUCGUCGGCAUGCAGACCAGCGGCGGCGACAAGAUCAGGUUAGUAGCCGUAGCCGACCAACGCUACGUGGCUGUCACUGGCUUUGCCAAGGGGUUCAGCUACUGCCCCAACUGGUUCUUCCGAGACGGCGAGCGCCACCGCCUCGUCCCCACGUUGGGCGGCAACGGGGGCAGCCACGCAGAGGUCGUCGCCUCGAACCUGCUUCGUGCACUGAUUAACGGCGGCAGCGGUAUGGCUUAA